CUGGCACUACAGGAUCAGUGCAAUCCAACAUUGCUGGCAUCUUGUGGGUGUGCGUACAAUGUCGCGUGAUUGUUGGGCUUGGUGGCAAGUCGCAUGUCGCGCGGGCUCUCCAACAAGUAGAGCAAUCCACGUGACCACAGAUCCCUGAUCCCGCGACAUAAACAUAAACAAUCAUCAUCUCAUCCACCAACCCCAUGAGUUCCCAAGUGUUGCCAAAGAAACGAGCCCUACAGCCCGAUGGCGCGAGGUCGUCGUCUGGUGCUGAUCGCCGUAUGGUCUCUAACCGCGUCCUUUCGAAGCGAGCACCCCAAAAUCCCGGCGGCAAUCGCGUGCUAUCAAACCGAGUGAUCUCCAAUAACAGACAUGUCAGUCGAGGUCUAGUGGAUAAUAGCGACCUCAACGACUCGUUCUCCGAAGAAAAUGCAAUCCAUUUCAACGAAAACAAGCACACAAUCUUGUCCAACUUCGAGGAGUGGAUCAAGCUUUCCACAGACAACAAGAUCACUUCCAAGAACUCGUGGCAGUUUGCGUUGAUCGAUUACUUUCACGAUAUGAACGUGAUAAAAGACGGGGAAAACAUCAACUUCCAGAGAGCUUCAGCCACGCUCGAUGGCUGUGUCAAGAUCUAUCUGAGCAGAGUCGAGUCCGCAGCCACCGAAACCGGUAAGUUACUUAGUGGGCUCGCUAAAAAGCACGAUUCGGAGGUCCUGGUACCUCAAGAAGAUGGCAACGAAGAAGAGAAUAGUGACAAUGAAGAUGCCGAGGACGAAGGAAAGAGAAAGAGGAAGUACAACCGUGUGGUCGAGUCCACGUUGGUAGAGUUUGAGGCCAUUCAGAUCAAAAAAUUAGAUCAGGAAUUAUCGAUCGAUCCAUUGUUCAAGAAGGCACUUGCCGAGUUUGAUGAAGGUGGUGCGAAAAGUUUAUUAUUGAACACACUCAACAUCGAUGCAUCUGGAAGGGUCAUUUUUGAUGCCACAUCAAAUCCUAUGAAAGAUUCCUCCAAAGCAUCAGAAUCGGAUGAUGAAGCAGAUGAGGAAGAAGAAGGAAGUAGCCAAGAUAAAGAGAUUGAUAUUUCAGCUCUUGAAAAGUUCGUAUUCAAAGACAAUGACUUUGAGUCCCUCACUAUCUGUCCCUCCUUGAAUGAGUUUAAUGCUGCCAUAGAAAAUGUGUCAAAAGCCAAGAGUAUCCUAAACAAUUUCAACACCAAAAUUUUGGCUCAGGAAGAGCAGGAUAAUAGAGAAGCUCCUGAUAUAGCCAACGAUUAUGGGUUUGGGGAUUUUGAUGCAGGUACCGAUAAUGAAGAGCAAGGUGAUGAUCCAGCUGGAGAUUUUGGUAAUGACUAUAAUGAUUUUAACGAUAAUGAUAACAAUGAUGAAAAUGAUUUGAACGAUCCGAUCAAUAAUUUCAACCAAAGUACUGUUCAAAAGUUAUUCAACAGUACAGAUCAAUAUAUUCAAACUACUACGAAAACAGAAGUUUUGGACCGUGAUCUCAUGGCAUACUUUGAUGAAAAGCUUAAUGCAAAUUGGAGGGGUCCCGAACAUUGGAAAGUAUCUGCAUUAAAGAAGUCCAAGAACUUAGAAGUGCAAGAUGGCGCUCAGGAUGCAACUAAAGCAGUAGCUCAACCAUCAUCCGAAACUAAAAAGAAAAAGAAGGAACAGGUUAUUAUAGACUUCUUUGAUGAUGAAGAUAAUGAGGACCUUUUAUUUGAACCCCCAAAAAUAGCAAGCUCGAUUCUUUUGAAACGAAAUGAUGGCAGCAAACAGGAUAAUACGUUACCUGAUGACAUCAAGUACAACUCUUCAAGAUUGACAAACUUAUUCACAAAGCCUCAAGUCCACAUAUUGUAUUUCCCAAACAAGGAAUCCAAACAAUCCAACACAGCGGCUCUUACUGAUGAGAAUUUCUUCGCAGAACAGUAUCAAAAGCAUGAGGAAGAGGAGCAAGAGAGAUUAGCUGCAUCCUUCCAUCAAGCAGAAUAUGAAGAUUUCAAUAAUGAUUUCGGUGGGGACGACGAUUUCCAGGGAAUUGAUUUCAAUGAUGCAUUACAAGGAACUGAUUCAAAUCCAAUUGAUGAUGACAAGAAUGUGAUUUUAAAUGGUGGCUCUCAGGUUUUGGGUAGAAAGCGUCCGGACAACAUUAAUUUCUCGAGGGUUGCUAAGAGGGUUGACGUGAAGUUAUUGAAAGAUAAUUUAUGGAAAACUAUAAAGAAGGAGGAGGAGGAGGUUGCUCUUGAAAAAGAAGAUACGCCAAAACCAGAGGAAUCUAUGAAGGAAGUUGUAAGUACGAAGACAUUUGGUAACGUUGUGACUUCUAUCGCUGGUUUAUAUGGUAACGAGCAAAGGAAGGACUUAUCUACAAGUUUUUGUUUUAUUUGCUUGCUUCAUUUAGCAAAUGAACAUGGGUUACUGAUCACAAGUAACGAGCAGCACAAUGAUCUUCAAAUUGCUGGGUUCUGAGGAUGUAAUCUCGAUUGCAGCUUGGAUUUUUCCUACUUUGAGCAUCUUCCACAUAUCUUAGCCU